AUGUCAAACAAGGCUUACAUCAGUUCACAAUCAUCCCAUGGAAGUCCUGCUGAAGGUGGCGGUCGUGGUCGUGGACGAGGCCGAGGAACCAGACGGCCCUUCUUCCGUGCCAGGGGUUCUAGUCGAGGAAUGCUUGGAUCUUCGUCUGUUGCCGUUCUGGCGGACGUGAUACUUCCUACACCCGAAAAGCCGGUUCCUGAACCAUUGGAUGAUCCUGGGCCUCCGAAAGGAUGUCCUUUCGUCGGCUGGACCAUGUAUUUCCUGCAUGGUAGUUUCGACGGAGGGAUCAAACCACCCGCGUCUUGCGUUCCCGUCUUCGUGAAAUAUUUCAAAAAGCGGCUGGAAAAGUACAAUGUGGCCACUAUUGUGGCGAAGCAGGUCUUCGAUGUGGAUCUCAUCGAUUUAUGCGAAGAUGCCGACGUGAAGAAGGGCCUGAGCUACGCGUUGUACAAAUCCGAGUCGUUUGGAGACGUCGUUGUCAGAAACUGGUUGUUGGACGGAGGCGAGCGCGGAGUCGGAGAAGCGCUAUCCGUGUUGGGAAUCGCCAUGCAUCACGUUGUGGAUCAUGCCUUGCGAGGUGGCGACGAUUCCCUCGCCGUGGUUCCCUUUUUGCAGCCGAGAAUCCGAGAACACGGGCCCAUUUCGCCUAUGCGGGAUUUACGAACGGAAUCGUACGGGAAGGUUGUGAGUGUGCGAGGCACUAUUGUGAGAGUCGGGCCGACGAAGCUGGUGUGCAAGCGAAUGGUGUACAAGUGCGACGUCUGUGGGAAGCUUUUUGCUUACAGAGGUGUUUUGGAGCGUGUUGUGGGAGGCUCAAUCAAGGUUGUCCAGCCGGAAAAAUGCCCCAAGUUCAAUUCCAAAUCGAACAACAAGAAUGCUGUUCCAGCCGAAGAACCUUGCAGGAGCAAACAAUUUUCCCUGUGCUUCGAAUCCCGAGGUAUGCUGGUGGUUGAUGGCAGAACUAUUCAAAUUCAGGAACUGAUGACGGAUGGGGAACAGCGUCAGAGCGGCAGAAUGCCUCGCAUUAUUAGUGUGGAACUGGAAAGAGAUCUGAUUUCUGAGUGUCCAGCUGGAGACGUGGUUACUGUUACUGGAUUAGUGCAGGUCGGGGAACCUGACGGCACCAGUGGAAGUGAAGGUGGAAGAACGAAGCAUUCGUUGAUUAUCAAUGCUUUGUACCUUGGCAAUGACAAGGAAAUCUCAAUGCAGCGAACGAACGGUUGUGGCGUGUAUUUCUCCGAUUUGGACCAUAUGGCAUUUGAAGAGCUAAAGCGAGAGAAGAAUAUUUUUCGUUUGCUUGUGCAGUCCGUGUGUCCUGCGAUUUUUGGUCAUGACAUUGUCAAGGCUGCUCUUAUCCUGGCUUUAUUUGGCGGAUGUCGAAAAGGCGGAGAGUUUCGUGAUGCCUCGGGCUCUGCACAGGAGUCCAACUCUGUGCCGAUUCGCGGUGACGUACACGUUCUAGUUGUCGGGGAUCCCGGCUUGGGGAAAAGCCAACUACUCAAAGCAGCGGUAGAUGUCGCUCCUCGCGGCGUGUACAUCUGUGGGAACUUGUCAACCAGUGCGGGUCUCACUGUAUCCAUGUCGAACGGGGCAUUGGAGGCUGGUGCUGUUGUGCUAUCGGAUCGUGGGGUGUGUUGCAUAGAUGAGUUUGAUAAGAUGUCGAAGCAGCACGAGGCCUUGUUGGAAGUGAUGGAGCAACAGACUGUGAGCAUUGCAAAGGCGGGUGUUGUGUGCUGUGUUCCUGCCCGAGCAACGAUCCUGGCUGCUGCUAAUCCCAGAGGAGGUCACUACAAUGCCGCCAAAACCGUCGCUGAGAAUCUCAGGUUAAUUAUGCCCGCUCGUCUUCGUCCGGAUCCCGGUGAAAAUCUCGACCCUGUCCCUCAUCAAAUUCUUCGGAAAUAUGUCGCAUUUGCGCGUGCCAAUGUGCGACCGACAUUGACCCAAGAAGCCAGGGAUGUGUUGCAAACUUUUUAUUUGGAACUGCGGAAAAAUCAGAGUUCUUCUUCGGAUAGCGUGCCGAUAACGACUCGUCAGUUGGAAUCCUUGAUCCGUCUAACGGAAGCCAGGGCAAAGUUGGAGCUGCGAGAAGAAGCGACUGUGGAAGAUGCAUUGGAGGUGGUGGAGUUGAUGAAGUUUUCGAUUGUGCAGACGAGAUCCGUUCAUGGGAGUGGAAUGUCCAAAUCUACAAAACUGAAGCGUCUGCUGUCAAUCCUUGAAAGUGAAGCAGAAUCCAAUGGAUCGAACCUUUUUAGUGAAAAACUGCUUCAUCAGCUGAUCAAAAGAUCUUCUGAUGUGAACCCUUCGGCUGCCAUUGAAAGCUUGAAUACGCAAGGGUUCCUUUUAAUGAUGGGAAACCGGAUGUACAAGUUGCUCAGUUCAAGUUUUUGA